AUGUACACUCUCCAUCAACCACAACCCGUACAGCUCCCGCCAAACACCUAUGCAGGACGCGAUUUCCUCUACAGUCGCUCAAACCAUGUUAACGAUAAAUACUCUCCCCCAUUCUUUGAAGAGCACUCCUUAAAUCAAAUCUCGCAAAAUAAGAAUUUAACCCAUUCCCGCUCAUUAUCAUCAUUACCUGAAUCCAACCAUCCGGAACUAAAAUUAAUUCCUGUCGAUGAACUAUACAAUGACUCUGCAGCCUUUCGAGAAUAUAUUGCAGACCAUGAAUCGUCCAUAGCAAAAUCUGGAGUGUUUACAGACGCCCUUGCCGAAGUGUUUGAGGCUGGCAAAUUGUUUGAAAAGUCCGUCCAGAUUUUGGCAUUGGCCAUUUCAGAUCUAAUAACCGACAAAUAUUUUGAGUUGGAAGAAAAAUCAGACGCUCUCUUAUCGAAUGUCGCCAACUUGAUGGAAACGUUUGAAGAACGUCAGAAUUCUGUUACUGAAACGUUAACUCAUUUUUUGGAAGGCUCCGCUAACAUCAGGUGGGAUUUUUUAAUAGAUCUUCAAAACAGAAAGAAGAAAUCUGAAGAGAUGCUAAAGAAAUUGGCACCCUCUGUGACAGCCAGUCGGACGGAAUACGAAACUUCUCUAGAGCACUAUGAAUUAGUGAAUAACAACAGAACAGAUGUCGCCUCCAUGAAGACUUACCAGGAAGAUGCGUUGGCAGUAUUCUCCUCGAAGGAAAAGCUGUGCAAAGUAUCCUUUGAAUACUCUUGGGAACUGACAAGGACAGUCCGGUUACUAAAGCACAACGAGCGAUACGAUAUCCUUAAAGUUAUUCAGCUGGUACACAAUUUCCACAGAGGACCUUCAAGUUUUCUGGAAGACAUGCUUCAGACUUUUGGUGAGCUAGGCUUCCAUCAUUUCCUUCAAAAUAAGCAUUCAGGUGAAUUCUCAGAAGAUGGCAGGGCAAAUAAGCCCCUUGAUUCAUCCGCCAAUACAAAUCUCCAGCUGAACGUGAGCAUGGUUGAAGAGUUUGAGAUGCAAGAAAAACGUCUUCACAAAAGCCUUAGCACUUACUAUGAAGAGCUGCGAGCAAUGUGUUUAGAGAAAAUCUAUGGAAGAUCAUGCAAAGGUUACCAUUAUCAGCAUUCAGAUACGGUAACGCACCAGACGACUCAUUACAAUGACCGUUCUUAUGGCUCUGUGUCAAGUUCACCACCUCCAGUCACUCCGAGAUCACCCCAGCCCAACCACUUAUACGCCCGAAAUGAACAGCCGCCAAUGGAUAUGGCCAUGAUCAAUCGGACAAGUAUCCGUGGUUAUAUGUACAAGAAGAGCGUGAAAAACGAUGUAUCGAUUUGGAGACGGCGCUAUUUUUAUCUGAUGACCCCUGAAGGCCGGUUGAUGCAAUAUGAAGACGAUCAGGAUGACACGGUGAUAUCAGAAAUUCGGUUCAGCACUGUUUCUAUUAUUCCUUUGGUGGAGGAUAGAGAAAAGGUCAUAUGCGUCACCUCGGCUGACGGAAAGGAGGUACUGUUACACACCGACUAUGAUAAUGAGCUUUAUGACUGGAUGCAAGCACUGACUAUGUGGCAAAAUAUUCGCCCACAAGACACAAGGUCUUCCAUGAUGCCAAUGGGUCAGGCAAAUGGAAACCGCCAAAAGGUGAAGCCCAUGUCGAUGAAUCGUAAAACAAGCUUUUCAACCGUCUCCAGCGCGCCUUACUCUGGACAUCACUUCAACUCGGCAGUAUCCGAAAAUUCAGGAAUCGCAAGCGUCGACAUAGGUUAUUUAAACAGCAAACACGGAGCAAAAAAUAUAUUUACCGCCAUGGGUCGACAGAAACCAACCGAAUUCCACCCAUUCUCGCUAUCAAGCCUCUCAAUUGAUGCCACAGAUGCAAUGGCCUCGAUGGUCACAUCCAGAAAAAGCUUUUGCCGUGGUCCCGGGAUAGAUGGCGAUGUCAUCAAGCAUGGAAGUGUAUAUCUGAGAGCAGAGGUGCGCAAAGACAAGAACUUUUCCAUCAAGAAUAGUUACUGGCGGAAGUUGCACUGUUGGUUCAAGUCGAAUAACAAAUUUGAGCUUUUGGAUGGUCCAGAAUGCAGACAGGUGGAUUCCGUUAUGAUACAGCAUCUGAAUCGUAACCAAAUCUAUCUAGUGUCUGAUUCGGUAUUCAGUACCUUUCAUUGUUUUGCCAUCCGAACCUCGCCAAUUAGAGCAAUCUAUCUGGCUGUUGAUAAUGCAGAAGAAUUAGGAAGUUGGGUUACUUUGCUCAAGAUUUUUGCCCAGCCCAAUGUUUCUGGAUGUGUCAAUGGUGCAGAAGCCGAUGCCGACUCGUUCUUAUAUCGCCUGGAGCGAACAUUGUAUUUACGAGUUUACGAAGGUAAAAACAUCUCUGGAGGAAAUCGCGAAAGUUCAAGUGAGUUGUAUUGCGAGUUAUCUGUUGAAGAUGAAGUCUUGGCUAUAACUGGAAUGCAAAAAAAGACAUCCUCACCUGGAUGGAAAGAGGACUUUAGUUUAAGCAACUUACCAGAGGUGGCUCAAGGUCUCACUGUUACGCUUGUGAGCAAGUCGAAGUAUGGAAAGGACUCUAGAAUCGGGAAGGUGACUCUUUCAGUUGAACAGCUUCAACAGGAUAAGCUGAUGGGCGAAUGGUAUCGUGUGCAAAAAGAGCACAAACAAGGUGCUUUUGCAACUUUGGCUGGACUAAGUGUUCACCAUUCCGAUUGCAUCGGCUCACUGCGUAUUGGAACCUUACUCGAGGAGAGAGUCAUUCUACCCAUUUGCUCAUAUAAACCGUUGAUUGAUCUAAUGGCCAACUUUGACAAUCAUAUUACUUUCGAACUUGCACGAAAAGCCCCCGAUUUGGAAUCCUUUGUUUCCAAUGCUCUCAACAUCUAUGAGGCCAUAGGGCUAUCGAUACCGUGGAUUAAAUCUCUUAUAGACUAUGAGGUCUCUUGUAUCAGUGCAGGUUGGUACCAUGAAUUGAACUCCAGGGUGAAAUGUGAAGUUAGUCUAACUCACUUAGGUAACUCUCUGCUUACCAAGGCCAUAGAUCUUUAUAUGAGGAUGAUUGGUAGAAAUUUUUUGGAGCAAACUAUUGGAGAUACCAUACGUGCAUUGAUCGAUAGUAAGGCACACAUUGAGGUUGAUCCAACCCGAACUCCUAAGGGAGCCAAUAUCUCAGAGAAUUGGAAGCAACUGUUCCUAUACGUUAGAUCCCUCUGGAGAGGCAUUGAGCUUGGAAAGUGCAAAUGUCCCUUACAGCUGCGGUCAAUUUUCUCACACUUACGCUGUGCUAUUGUCAAGAAGUUUAUCCUAGACGACGAGGAAGAAAGCAACCGUCAAACGAUCCGCUACAACUGCGUCAGUGGAUUUAUAUUUUUGAGGCUGAUUUGCCCUGCUAUUCCGUCACCAAGGCUAUUUGGAUUAACUAACUCAUCUAUAUCGACACCAGAUCAACCAGAUGCCAAGACAACUAGAUCCCUAACAUUACUAGCAAAAUGUCUCAUGAGUCUCGCUAACUUGGUAGAUCCAAGUUUGAAAGAACCAUGGAUGUCAUUUUUGCAUCAGUUUAUUAUGCACCAAAUCUUACACAUAGUGUACUUGAAGGAAAACACCAAAAGCCUGAUGGAAUUUAUCAACUUUGUAUCAGUUCAACCCGAUGAAGGCGACGACUUGCUAGACGACAGCAGAGACUAUAUUGAUAAUGCAUAUUCUAAAAUUACAGAACAAUUUGCUUUCGAAAAGUUACCUAAAACAACACUGGAAGAUAUUCCUAUACCGCCGAACAACAUCGACUUACCCAAGGAAUUAUCAAAAAUGACCUCCAUGAUAACGGCAUGGGGUAACCAAAACGUGGGAGACAGAUUGGCUUCCAUCUCAAAACUGUGCUCUUCCCUCGAUAACCGAGGCGCAAGAUAUCGUAAAGGAGCAAUGUACAACGCAGACGAAAGUAGCACGCAUUCAAAGCAAUCUUCCCUCUCCCACAAAGGUGCAAGUACCAUGUUCUCUUGCAAUUACUCGGAUACCGAACAGUCGACUGAGCAAUUGGAAGUUGGCUCAGUAACAAUUAGCAGUCCAAUGCCUGAAAAGCUACGCUGA